UCAUACAUUUAUAUCCUUGUCUGGUUUUCCGAAUGCUGAUUCAAGAUGUCUGGAAGCUCAAUACGACAGAUCAACAAGUUUAUUGAAAACAAAAUUAUUAAAGAUUCAAAGCAAUCAUUGAUGUUAUCAAAAAUAAAAUGGAAAUUGAUAGUAAAUUAGGAUCAUCAAUUCUUUCGACAGAUAAUGAUGUUUUUGAAAAAAUGAGCGAUUUUACAGAGUUUAGAAUACUUACUGUACAAUCUGAUCAUAACUAUUACAUGAAUGGCAUUGGAGACAACAAUAAUCAGGACUCAUUAUCAGUUUCUUGUAUUGAAGAAGUGACUGAGAAGCCACAGUUAAAAACCGUUGAUCAUAUUACUGUCGAUGAAAAGGUUUUUGUAGAAUCACAACAUCAACAACGGGAAUUAAAAGAUGUUGACGGUAAAUUAAUAAAUAUGGUAAAAGACAAUCAUGAGGUAGAGAGAGUAGAUAAAUUAUUACAACAAGUUGAUGAUGAAAAUCAACAUCAGCAAAAAAACCAAUUGCAGAAAGAGCCACACGUUGAACAUUAUCAUUAUCUAACUAAACAAUAUCAAAGUUAUUAUGAUGCUAAUAAAAUAUAUCAACCUCAAACUUUGGAAGAAAAAUAUAACUUAAAAUCAUGUUCAGUUACGAUAACAAGAUGUGAUAAAAUAUGGGAAACUCUGAAAUUAAUAAAACUAUUACAAGAUAAUCAAGAGUUAUCUUUAAUCGCAAAGUCUAAAAAAGACGAUAUUUGCGAAGAUGCUCUACUAGAAAAAACAACAAAUAAUCAUAAGUCUUUAAUAAUGCCAUACAUUCAAUAUCAACCAAUAAUUGGAAAUGGUAACACAGCAUUACCAAAUUUUCAAUUUUUAGUCAAAAGUACAAGGCCAUUGUAUCAUUGCUAUACAUGUGGUCGACAAUACAGUCAUCGUAGCACAUUACGGGAUCAUUCUGAACGUAUACAUAAUAUAAUAAUACCAUCAGUACGUCCACCAAGUUCAACGACUGUCAAGAAAAAUGAUACUAAUAUAAACAAUGAUGAGAGUGAUAUUGAUGAACAACCAGAAACAUCGAAUGAAUUUAUUGAUGAUUCAAGUGAUAUUACUGAAAGCUCAAAAAUAAAUAGCUAUAAAGAUGGUAGAAUAAACUGUCCCUAUUGUGAAAAAACUUAUUCUGAUAAAUAUAAUUUAAAUUUUCAUCUUGAAACAAAUCAUGGUAUGCUUGGUUUAAUAAAACAUCGUAAUACAUCAAUGAGAUGGAGAACAGUUAAGCGAUCCACAAUGAAUGUACAUAGAUGUAAUACAUGUGGCAAAGAUUUUUACCGUGAUGAUAAACUAAAGAAUCAUAUGCAAAAAGAGCAUGGCCUUCCAUUAAUGAAUAUUUGUAAUCAAACAAAUAAAAAAAUUCACCCUAUUGAACCAACAAGACAAGAAUCCCAUGAUAGUGAAGAAGAGCACGUUAGAAGAGAAGAAAGUGAGGAUGAAGAUGAAGGCGGAAAUGACAAUAAAAACGGCGGGGAUGGUGAAGACGAAGAAGAAAACAUUAAAAAUGAACUGAUACAGACAGUCACUAAAACGAUUGAUGAUGAUAAUAAUUAUAUAGACGAUAAAAAAAAAGAAUUAUAUUCAUGUCCAGUUUGUAAAAAAUUAUAUGUUGAUAAAAUAAGUUGGAAAAUUCAUUUAAAGAAAUUACAUGGUAUAUUAUUACCACCAGGACGGCAUACAAGACUUGAACUUGAAAAAUAUUUAAAAAAUUUAAAAUUAAAAAAAAAAUUAAUGAAUCCAACAAAUGAUAAAAAAGUUGUUAAUCGAGGCAAUUUUGAAUGUCAUAUUUGUGGUGCUAAGUUCUUUCGUACAAUAUAUUAUGAUAUGCAUAUGGAAAAACAUGUAGAUGGCAUAAUAUCAGAAACUGGUACGCUGGUUAUUAAUAAAAAAUCAUCAUCAUCAUCAUCAUCAUCAUCAUCAUCAUCAUCAUCAUCAUCAUCAUCAUCAUCAUCAUCAUCAUCAUCAUCAUCAUCAUCAUCAUCAUCAUCAUCAUCAUCAUCAUCAUCAUCAUCAUCAUCAUCAUCAUCAUCAUCAUCAUCAUCAUCAUCAUCAUCAUCAUCAUCAUCAUCAUCAUCAUCAUCAUCAUCAUUAUCAUUAUCAUUAUCAUCAUCAUUAUCAUCAUCAUCAUUAUCAUCAUUAUCAUCAUCGUCAUCACCACCACCAUCAUCAACAUUAUCAUCAUCAUCGUCAUCAUUAUCAAUAAUACCAAAACAACGUGAGAAAAAGUUGUCUGAUUGUGAAUAUUGUGGUAAAGCAUUUCGUUUAUUAAGAAAUUUAACAUCACAUCGUCCGCGUUGUAAAUUAAUAACAGAAUACCGUGAAUCAAAUGUAGAAAAUAAUGGUGACAAAGAAAGAUUAGUAUGUAAUAUUUGUGGAAAAACAUGUUCGAACGAUUCACAUUUAGUACGGCAUUUGAAAGAUUCUCACAGUAUUGAUUUUCCAAAAACCAAAAAAUUAAAAAAAUCCCAUGAUAAUGAUAAAUUAUCAUGUAGUUUACGUACAAAAGAACGUCUCAAUUAUGAUGAAAACGUACAAUCACAUUUAUCUGGUAUUGUCAAAAAUCCAAUGCAUCAAGAUGAACAAUCAUUAAUACGUCAAAGUGAAUUCAAAAAAAUACCAGUAACGGAUAAUGAUACAAAUCAGUUGAACAGUUCAAUACAGUGUAUAUUAUGCAAUCGUCAUUGUAAAAAAAUAUAUAAACACUUUACUGAAUAUCAUAAAAUACGACAUCCAGAUGCAAUAAUUGCCCAGUGUAAACCAUCAAGUUCAAUUGAUAUUGAUAUUGAUAUUAAAGAUAAGGGAUUGAAAAGAUCACCAAGUUUACCAGAACUUGAAAAGUAUGAAACAAUAAAAUCUGAGCCACCGACAAGUGAUAAUGAUGAUAGUGAUAACAUAAUUCAUGAUGUUAGAAGCAAAAGAAAUAUCACCAAAGGUAGACGACGCCAUACACAACCAAUUGAAAUAACACAACAUUAUCCAACACCUGGUCCAGAUAGAUUAUUUGAGUUGAUAAAUAGUGAUAAACAAUAUUAUAAAUGCAAAUAUUGUUCAUACAAAACAUUUAAUUAUAAACAAGCUUGUGGACAUCAAUCAACACACCCGCAAGAAUAUUAUGGAUCAAAAGGACGUAGAACAUCGUUACCAGAAAAUAAAAAUCAUGUACUAGGAUCAUUGUCACGUAAAACACGUGCUAGUUUACGUAUGCGUGAAGAAAUAAAUUUUCAAUGUUCAAUAUGUGAUAGAGUAUUUCGUAAUGCUGAUGUAUUAGCAUCACAUAAAAUAUCAUGUAUACCCCGAAUAAAUGUUGAUUCACCAACAACUAUUGAUAUUACAAAUGACAUACACGAAAGCAGUGAUAGAGAUUCUGGUAUUGGUAUUAGUAUAACAAUUAAAAAGAAAAAUGAUUCGUAUGAAAUUGUUAGUAGAGAUAGUAGUGGGGAAAGAAAAACGGAUGAUAUUAUUAAUGAUUUACCAAACAAUGCCAUUAUGACAUCCAAUACAUCAAUCAACUUAAAUACUUCACAACUUUCAAUUGAUAAUAUUAAAAUUGAAUAUGAUUCUGAUAACCCAAAUAUGAGUAAUAUUCAUUAUAAACGUGGUAGUACUAAAAAAUAUCAAGUUAGUUCGUUGGUUUGGUUGUGCACAAAUGUCUUACGUAUGUCUAAAAAAAUUGGCCUAUUACAAUGUCCAGUAUGUAUGAUCAAAUGGCCAAGUAAAAAAUCACUCGUCUUACAUGGUCGUAUACACAAAGCUAAUAGAAUGUCUCUGUAAUCUUUAUUUUCUUUGUGCUUUUCAUAUUAUAUGAAAUCAAUUUUUAUGAACUAUUAACUAAUUUUUAUUGCUUUAUAAAUUCAGCCGCUAAGAUUGAAUAUACGGUUUAAAAAAAAUUAAAUUAAGCGUUACGUUUUUAUAAUGCCGCACAACCUCAGUGCUCGAUUUUCUUUUUCUAGUUUUUUUCAUACUAUAUUUUUAAAAAAUAUACGCAUUUGCUUCUAUUCUUUGACGGGAAAAAAUAGAUGAACCACCAGCUGAAAAAUUUAUUAAAUGAUAAAUAAUAAUUGAGAAUAACAGUUUUUUAUUUUAAAUGUGACUAACGUAAUUAUGGAGUUGAAUUAAAAUUAUAUGUAUCUUUAUGUAUUUAAUUUAAGAAUUUUUUUGGAAUAUAAAGAAAUAACUAUUGUCUCCAACUCAUGAUAAUUUAGUUGUUAAUGUUCUUCAUUAACAGUGCAAUGAGUUCAUCACAAUAGGUUGUUCAAGUAUUUUUCGAUUUUGAAUAAAUUUUUCAUUUUCUUCGUAAAUAUAACAAUGUAAAAUUACAUAGCUAUUAAGUCAUAAUUGUUAGAAUUUUUAAUGAUGUGUGACUUGUUU